UUUUUCUGAAACCACCAUGUGGCAUCUGCUCAGAUUCAUCACCACCUGCUGCCACAUUCAUUCUCUCUCUCUCCGUCUCUCUCUCUCUCUCUGAUAUCUGAAUGAGUUGACACUUCUCUGCAGGAACAUUCUUUGAAUGAACUUCUAAAAGUCUAACCAGCUCUUUCUUCAAGGUUGAACUCUCUCUAAAAUGGACUCAAGAACACGUCUUGAUUAUGCUCUCUUCCAACUUACACCCACCAGAACUAGGUGUGAUCUGGUGAUAUUUUCUGGUGGUUUAAAUGAGAAAUUGGCUUCUGGACUUCUAGAGCCAUUUCUUUCACAUUUAAAAUCUGCAAAAGAUCAAAUAUCCAAAGGAGGGUAUUCUAUCACUCUUCGUCCUGCAGGUUCAGAGGCCUCUUGGUUCACAAAAGCCACUCUGCAGAGAUUCGUGAGAUUUGUUAGCACACCAGAAGUUCUUGAGCGAUUUGUUUCUGUGGAGAGAGAAAUUGUACAGAUUGAGAAUGAAUUGGCUAGUGCUGCAGUGGGAGAUGAAGAUGGAAAUGAAGCUGGAAAUUUCCGGAAGACAAUUUCCUCAUCUAAGUGGAAAGAUGGAUUCAACGGAGCCAACGAUGCAGCGCAAGAAGAAAAUUCAAAGAUCCGUCUUCAACGUGCUCUGGAGACUCGGAAGGCAGUACUUUGCAAAGAACAAGCAAUGGCAUACGCCCGUGCCUUGGUUGCUGGAUAUGAACCAGGAUAUAUAGAGGAUCUUAUUCGCUUUUCUGAUGCUUUUGGAGCUUCCCGGUUAAGGCAAGCAUGCCUAAAUUUCAUGGAUUUGUGCAAGGAAAAGAAUGAAGAUGCACUCUGGAUGGAUGAAAUUGCCGCAAUGCAAGCCUUCUCGCAGCCAGAGUUGCCUUACAUUGCAACAUCUGGAAUAGUCCUUGCAGGCGAAGAUAAUGAUCAUAUAGGAAAGCAGAUCGGCUCAACUGAUGGAUCAGUGCCUGACACAAAUCAUGAUAAUAACUUGCCCAUAGACGGGAAAGCUCAAGUGCCAAUGUCAUGGCCAAAUCAUAUUGCACAAUACAUGCAUAAUUUUCAAGGCCCCAUGGUUCCCCACAUGCCGCCAUAUCAAGGUUACCAUUUUCCAGGUAUGCAGGUACCUCCACCAUAUUAUCCUGGGAACAUGCGGUGGCCUCCAAAUGCGGAUGAUUCUAGUCUGGCUCGUGAUUGGGAGGUAGAUGAUCGAAGAAGUCAUAGUUCUUCCAGGAAUAGGAAGAAAUCUUCGCGUAAAAGUCGGGGAAAUUCAAAACAAGAUGAAUCCACUGAACCUAGUGAUUCCAGCUCUGAGAGUGAAUCAAAUGAAGAAAUCCAGAAUGGAAAUAAGCAUUCUUUGAGGAAAAAGCAUGGGAAAAAGUCCUCCAGAAAGGUUGUUAUCCGCAAUAUUAAUUACAUUACUUCUAAUAGGGAUGGAGAAAGGAGCAACACCUCUGAGGAAUCAUCGGACAAGGAUGAACUUGUCGAUGAGAAUUCCCUGAAGCAGCAGGUAGAGGAAGCGAUUGGCUCAUUGGAGAAACGACAUAAAUCAUCCUCACACCACCGCAAGAAAGAUGGGGUCAAGAAUUCCACUGAUGCAGGUAAAAUAAAUGAUAACUGGAAUACUUUCCAGAGUCUUCUCAUGAAAAAUGAUGAUUCGAGCUCUUAUGGAAUGGAUUCACACCCUGUAAACAUAGAGGCUGAAUAUUCCACAUACAAGAGCUCAGGACUGGGAGUUUUCAACCCGGAAUCCAACCAGCUGAGAAAAGAAAGAGCAAUUUCGAGUGAUUCCUUUGUUGCAACAAAGACAUAUACAGGUAAUGAAGGUGAUACUCGCACUGGAAACUUAGAAGCAAGUGAAUGGACCCGCCCAGUUGUAAAGGGAAGAGAUAGCAAGCAGGAGGAGUUGUUAUUUCCACAGGGAGAUGAGGUUUCAGGGAACUAUUCACAAGCUGCUAUAUUUGAUUUUGCAAAUGCUUCUAAUAUGAUCAAAGGUCAAAAGGAAGAAGACUGGAUCAGUGGCAACCAACCAGAUAGAUCAGUAAAUCAUCAGCAAACAACAUUUGAUGGUGAUUUUGCUUUGUCAAUGACUGGCAACAGUUUCCACCAUGAGAAAAACAAUAGAAAGGUCCUAGUUGAUGACUCUUUUAUGAUCCAUGCUCGGCCACUAAAUGAUCAUUCUGACUCUCAUGAAAGGUCUGGUAUAAGCAUGGUUACAGACAUUAUUGGGGCUACUCUAUAUGAAAAUGAGACACCAGAUGUUUCUCAUGAUAAGCCAGAAGCCUUUGUCACCCACGAGCCAGAUGAUCUUUACGUGGUUCUUGGGCGUGAUUCGGCUGCAGCCUCUUGGACUCCAGAAAUGGACUUUGAAAGUAGCAUUGUGUCAACUAAACCCACUGAAAAUAACUCUAAUGCUGAAACUGCUGAAGAUAAACAACCUAAUGGUAAGGAUGCCAGCAAAAGAGGGAUUCCUGGAGGAAAGGUUAGUAAAGAUGCAAGGUCUAAACUUUCAAAUGGUUCACUUGGCAAGAGCAAAACUGACAUUAUAUCAAGGAGCAAGAAGCCAUCUCCCGGAAACAGACCUCCAGUUCAGAGAAGUAAAUUUGAUAAGGAAGAAGAGAAUAGGAAGAGAAUGAAAGAGUUGCUGAUUCAGCGACAGAAGAGAAUUGCUGAAAGAAGUGCUUCUAAUGGCGGUUCAGCAGCAGUAAGAAGAACUUCCACAGAGAAAAAAUCUUCCAUAGCCUCAAAGAAGAAUGAAAGAACUGAAAUUCAGUCCCCAGCCAAAGAGUCCGCUAAGUCACAAAAACAAGUCUUCAGGAGCUCCACCGUAGAUCGCCUUGCAACUGCAAGAACAACUCAGAAGGUGGCACCAACGCCAGCAAAACCAGAUCAGCCUAAAAAGCCAAUUCCGAAGGCAAAUGGUACAACAACUACCAUGUCACAGAAGACUGCUGGAGCUGAAAAAAAGAAAUCAAGUGCAGACAAAGUCAAACCUUCAGAUAAGAAUAAUGGCCAAGAAACUGAGGUACUUUCUCAAAGUAACUCUGAUGUUCAAGAAAAGCAGGAUAUCAUGGACGCCAAAUCAGCAUUACCAGUUGAGACAGCAGCUGCACAACCAACUCAGCAUACUGACGCCAUUGAUGAUUGCAAAGACAUCAAGGAGUUACACAGUAUUUCUUCAACUGAGAAGAUUGAAGAGGAUGUCAAUUCAAAAAGAAGUACCUUGGAUGACAUAAACUGUAAUGAAAAAAUGAUCAAAACGCCCUCUGCACAAUUGGAACACUUAAAAAGUGAUGAAGCAUUGCCCAAGGCACAGAAGGGUUCUGAAGAUACAAUAAUUUCUGAAGAUAAGGUUGCACCAGCCUCACCUGACAAAGGUUUGAACUCUUCUAUGGUGAAUACUGAAAAAACUGAUGGAACAAAUGAAAAUUUUCGCUCUGCUGAAAUUUCGGAGAUAAAAAUCUCAACACCCCCACCUAGUGAAAUCACAGCAGAACGAAUCUACUCUAGAAAGAAAUGGAACAAUGAUGAAACCUCUCCCAAAGCAGCCAAAGGGUUUAGAAAACUUCUUAUGUUUGGAAGGAAAAGCAAAAAUUAUUAUGUUGCUUGAUCUCAUAGACUUCUAGUUUAUCUUGUGCUUGCCGCUUGUGUUUGUUUAUUUCAUGCCAUGGCGCCUCUGCCUUGGAAUUUGGGUAGCUCAAGUUAUUCAAUACUUGGCUAACCUUUGCCACCAUGUGAGUAUCAGAAGAGAGCUUUCAUAUACAAUAAGGCUCGAGUGUUUCUGCCAUACGAAGAAUCAUAAUGUAAAUUAUGGGAAUUUGAGUAUCCUAGUCUGAAGAGUGUAAACCAGUAAUCAGUUUGUUUGUCAGUCAAUUUGAAUCUGCAUUGAUAUGUGCUGAAUCCUUUUUAGAUCACCUGUAAUCUUCAUAUAAUCUUCAUUUAUGCUUACGGUUGUUUGCCGGAAGCCUGGGAAUGGCAUGAGAAA